CCGCUCGCGCCGCCGCCUCGGGCCCGCGCCGCGCUUCGCCGGGGCUGAGGAGAGGCCGGGCUCGUACCUUGCUGCCGCGGCGCGCCGUGUCGGGGAGGGCCGGCGGGAGGGAGAGCCGCUCGCGCCUCGGUCAGCUCGCGGAGUCGGAGCGGCGCCGCGCCGGGCCGCGUGAUCGUCGAGCCGACCUCGAGCCCUAAAGCGGCGGGAGAGCGCCGCGGGCCCCACCCAUCCGGGCCGAGGCAGCCGCGGCCAUGGCCGAGACGGAGGAGCGGAGCCUGGACAACUUCUUCGCCAAGAGGGACAAGAAGAAGAAGAAGGAGCGGGGCGGCCGGGCGGCCGGGGCGGCGGGCGCGGCGGGCGUGGGCGCCGGCGGCGGCGGCGGGAGCGGCGGCUCGGCGGGCUGCGGGGCGGGCGCUGGGGCCCGGCCGACGGACGGCGGCGCGGCGGGCGUGGGGGCCGCGGGAGCCGGGGCCGCCGCCAAGGCCGUGACCAAGGAUGAAGAUGAAUGGAAAGAAUUUGAACAAAAAGAGGUUGAUUACAGCGGCCUUCGAGUUCAGGCAAUGCAAAUAAGCAGUGAAAAGGAAGAAGAUGAUACUGAGAAGAGGGAAGAUCCAGGUGAUCACUGGGAAGAAGGUGGAGGUGGCGGUGGUGGCGUAGAAAAAUCUUCAGGCCCCUGGAACAAAACGGCUCCGGUACAGGCAGCUCCCGCUCCAGUAGUUGUUACAGAAACUCCAGAACCAGCGAUGUCCAGCGGUGUGUAUAGGCCACCUGGAGCCAGGCUAACCACAACCAGGAGAACGCCACAGGGGCCACCGGAGAUCUACAGUGACACACAGUUCCCAUCCUUGCAGUCCACUGCCAAGCACGCAGAAAGCCGGAAGGAUAAAGAAAUGGAGAAGAGCUAUGAAGUAGUAAGGCACAAAAAUAGAGGUAGAGAUGAGGUUUCCAAAAACCAGGCCCUUAAGCUCCAGCUAGACAACCAGUAUGCUGUGCUGGAGAACCAGAAAAGCAGCCGCAUGCAGUGCAAUUGAGGGAUGGUCUUUGCUAGCCCUCCUAAGGUCGUGAGCCCACAGCUGAGCGCCACGAGCAGCCCUUCAUCACCUGAGCUCUACUGGAUCUGCAGCGCCCGAUGCAAAAAGUGACCUGGCCCUAUUGCCCUCUGCAAGUUAAAGUGCCACAACUGCUCUCUGUGUGGGAUGUAGGGGAGUUUUCAUUUGUUACCAAAAAAAAAAAAAAGAGGGGGUGUGCUAGAUUUAGGAGUGCUUUCAUAAUUACUCUGCAAAUUCAAAAUUCAAUCCCCCACAGCUAGUGGUCAUUUCCAAAUCUUUUUAUGUUCAGAUACUGAGCCUCCAUCAGGGUUGACUACCUCAGACUUGCUGCCCUCCUUGUGGACUUCCUGU